AUGUUCAUCCUUGAGCCGUCAUCCUCAAAAUUCCAGAAGUUGCGGCAGCUGUUGAAAAAGGCCCAGCCUAACCUUGGAUUUGGAGGCAUUCAGUACUUCUUGAACCAUGCCUUUCCAGCUGGCUCCGUUCACCAUGCAGACAGUGUGGGAUGCUGGAAAGGAGAGUUUUCAGACGAAUUCAACAAGUUUACCCGCGACGUGGAUGACAGGAAGCUCAAUGCGAAUCAAUAUGCGAGCUUGCACUACAGUGGUGACUGGGGUGGACAGCGCAAACCCUGGAUGUCCGGCUGCCUGGAGUCCUCCGACUCGGUCACCCACGAGGCCACUCUGCAAAAGAAACUUCUUGGCAUUUGGAUAGAUGCCUUCCAUUCUGUGUCAGCUCCUUCUGACAUGUCAGAUCUUUUGCAUACUGAUUGCCCGGCAGAGUUUGACGAUUUCUGA